GGCCGGACGAGGGUCAGAGCCAGAGCCGAGUUUCCACAGCUCGAAACCGCCUCCAAUGGCCGCGAUCUCCGCUUCGCCGCCGCCGCCGUGGGGCGUCGCGUGCGGGGUCUCCGCCGCCCGCCCCCGAGUUUCCUCCUCCCUCGAGGUCCCGCCGCGCCUCUGCUUGUUUUCCGGCCAGCGACUGCUCUCCCCUCUCCGACUCGUCUCCUCGCGGCUCCACUCCUUGAAGCCCUCAUCAUCCGGCGCCAACGAAUCCCUCGAGGGAUCCUCCUCCUCCUCUUCGUCCUCCUCGUCGUCCGGGGGAGGGGAAUACGAAGUACAGUACGCGCACCCCCCGCCCCCUCGAUCCGGCGAGGGGGCGCCGGUCUUCGUCACUCUCCCGCACGACGCCGUCGGGCUGUCGGGGAAGAUGGCGCGCAAGAAGACGAUGUGGGCGUCGCUCCUCGCGCUCGCGUCGGCAGGGGUUGAGGGGGUCGUUCUGGAGUGCUGGUGGGGGAUCGUGGAGAGGGAAGCCCCGCGAGUCUACGACUGGGGCGGCUACAUGGAUCUGGUGACUUUGGCGAACAAUUGCGGUCUCAAAGUGCGGGCGAUCAUGGCUUUUCACCAACGGGGGACGGGGCCUGGAGAUCCUGGCUGGUCACCUCUACCACAAUGGGUACUAGAAGAAAUGGAAACGCAGCCAGAUUUGGCUUUCUCAGACAGGUUUGGUAGACGAAAUAAGGAGUAUCUCUCUUUGGGAUGUGAUAUUUUACCCGUUUUAAAAGGGCGGUCGCCGUUACAAGCUUAUUCAGAUUUUAUGAGGAGUUUCAAAGAUACUUUCCGGGAUUUUUUAGGAAUCGUAAUAACGGAAGUUCAAAUUGGGAUGGGACCUGGAGGUGAACUUCGAUAUCCUUCUCUUCCUACAGAAAAGUUAACUAAUGUAAGUGCUGCAGCUGAUCUAGCAGAGUUUCAGUGUUACGACAAGUAUAUGUUGGCAUCGCUACAUGCUUGUACAAAAAAUGUCGAUGCUCAUAGUUGGGACUUACUACAAAACCCAAAAGAUUAUGCCUCUUGGAAUACACCUUACGGACAAUUGUUUCUCGAGUGGUACUCGGGAUUGCUUCUUCUUCACGCACAGAGAUUAUGCAUGGUGACCGAUGCGAUCUUUUGGGGCACCAGUGUUAACAUCUCUGCGAAGGUUGCAGUCAUCCAUUGGCGAUACGACGACGCCACUUCAUUCCCAUCCGAAUUCACUAUAGGAUAUUACAAUACGUUAAUCAGAGAUGGCUAUCUUCCGAUAGCUCGCAUGUUCGGUCGGUAUCGGAUCGGAUUGUGUUGCACAUGUUUUGACAUGGGAGAUUCAGAUCAAAGGGAAAAUCGGAAGGGUAGUCCAGAAGGAUUACUUAGACGGCUUCUAUAUGCGGCUAGGCGAUGCAACCUUCCACUAAUUGGUGAAAAUUUCUUAUCGCGUCUCGACGAUGUAUCCCUCAAUCAAGUGAUAAAGAAUUUUAGGGUUUAUUAUGAUAGUGCUUAUAAGUCGUCUUCGUUUUCUUUUAACUAUGUUAGAAUGGAUAGAAAUCUCUUUCAUCCUCAUAACUGGACGCGCUUCGCUAAAUUUGUGAAGCGGAUGUCAGGUAAUUUGAUUAAAAUUAUUUUAAUUUAAGUCAAAUUCAAUUCAAUUAUUAU